AUGGCCCGCCCCCUCGACCCCCUCGGCUUCGAAGACGAGAUGUGUCCCGUCUGCAAAUCCCGCAAGUACCUGAACCCGGACAUCGUCUUCGUCUUCAACCCCGAAUGCUACCACAGCAUGUGUCUUAACUGCGCCAACCGUCUGUUCAACGACGGACCCAACCAAUGUCCGCACGCGGGUUGCAACAAGACCUUGCGUCGGAAAGGGUUCCGGUCCGCCUUCUUCGGCGACUUAUCUGUUGAGCGUGAAGUUGACAUCCGUCGCCGCGUCGCCGCGGUGUUCAACCAGAAGGAAGACGACUUUGAGACGCUGCAGGAUUACAACAAUUACCUGCAAAUGGUCGAGGACCUGACGUUUGAGCUGGUGAAUGGGACCGACGAAAAGAGGAGGCAGGCCGAGGCGCAACUGGCUGCUUGGGAGGCGGAGCACAAACAGGAUAUUGAGCGGAACAAGAAGGCGGGCAGGGAGGCGGAUGAGAUGAGCCGCAAGAGGCUGGCGGCGGAGAGGGAUGCGGCGAGGCAGAGAAGGAUUGAGGCGAUUAAGGAGGCCGAGGAGGAGAAGAGGGAGAGGGUGAGGAGUCGCGAGAUGGAGCUGGAUAAUCUUGCCAAGGGCAUUACCGCGACGACGGCGGCGGAGCCGGCGACGAAGGUGCAGUUGAAGAGGCGCGGACAGCGGGGCGGUGUCACAGAACCGGCUGUCCCGAACCCCGCUGCUGCCGCAACAGCGGGCAUGGGAGCGUCGGAGGUCGAGCGCUUGUCCAUCCGUGGCUUAAAGGAGAAGCCCAAGGCGCCGGCGCCCCAAGGCCCCUACGAUCCGUUUGGAGGCAUGGACUUUGCGCCUAGUCGGUAUAAGCUGCAUGGAGGUUUGGCUCAUCCGCUUAUGGAGAAGUACCGGUUGGACAGACAGCAUGUUGCUGGCGGGUACAGCUUUGACGACUUUGCGGCGCGCGCAUUAUAUGAGGCGUUUGCUGGGUUGGGUGUGUUCGUCGAGGAUGAGAAGGAGGUUGGCAGUGGCAGCGGUAUCGGGUUGUCACAAGAGACGACCAUGGCCGCGGGCAUUGCUGCCGUGGGUGAUCCAGACAGGAUGGAUUUGGACUGA